AACGAACCUCGUUUCUUUCUUUUUUCUCUCUUUACCUCCCUCUCAUUUCUAGUUUUCCUCAAACAAAGCAAAAGAUAUAGCUCACCUUCUUCUUACAUUAUUCCCCCUUUUUCAUCCAUCUUCAAAUUCUUUUCUCACUUCCAAUUGAUUUACCUCUCCAUGAACAAACAAAGUCAACUAUUUACCGCUUCGUGCGAGCACCGACGACAAGAGAGUUAGUCACAGGUGUUGGCGGUGGAUACUCUGAGCUCAUCCAAAAACGAUAUUCUUUCCAAUUCAGUUUGUCAUAUAACGGUCAUCAACUAACGGUGUUGUUACGCAACAUAGUAUUUCUUAAAUGAUGCUAGUGGCUUGGUAAAAGCCAGGUAAUGUACCUUUGACACAUGAAAGAAUCCUCCUUUAGGAUUUCAGUUGCACAUAGGAGGAUGUGAAAAUCGUUUUUGUAGCAAUAAAGGAAGUCUAUAACAAGGAAAAAAUGGAACAUCAUCACGAAAACAGCACGGAUGAUUACAUAGUCUGCUAUGCACCAACCAUGGUCACAACAAAUGGGAUAUGGCAGGGAGAUAACCCCUUGGCUUAUUCCCUCCCUAUCUUCAUACUGCAAUUAACUUUGGUUGUGGCUGCCACCCGCAUAUUCGUCUUUAUUCUUAAGCCAUUACGCCAGCCGCGCGUAAUCGCUGAAAUCAUGGGUGGACUAAUGUUGGGUCCUUCAGUGCUAGGCCAAAGCAAAGCAUUUGCCAACACUGUGUUUCCUCUAAGAAGCGCAAUGAUGAUUGAAACAAUGGCAAAUGUUGGUCUUCUUUAUUUCCUCUUCUUGGUAGGAGUUGAGAUGGACAUAUCAGUGGUGCGCAACGCAGGUAAAAGGGCAGUGGCUGCAGCAAUUGCCGGCAUGGUCUUGCCUUUCGUCGUCGGCGCAGCCUUCUCCUUCAUUCUGAGCAGAGAGUACAACAAUGACAUGAACCAAGGUACAUACAUCCUCUUCCUCGGCGUCGCGCUGUCGGUCACCGCAUUUCCCGUCCUGGCUCGGAUCCUCGCAGAGCUCAAACUCAUCAACACAGAGCUCGGAAGGCUCGCGCUCUCGGCUGCGCUCAUCACCGAUGUCUGUGCUUGGAUUAUGUUAGUUUUGGCGAUCACUUUAGCUGAGAACAAAACAGCAUCGCUUGCUUCUCUUUGGGUUCUUUUGUCAAGUGUAGCAUUUGUGGCGUUUUGUGCUUAUGUUGUUCGACCCGCGGCUGCAUGGGUAGUAAAGAAAACGCCAGAAGGAGAAGCCUUCAGUGAGUUCCACAUUUCUCUUAUCUUAGCAGGGGUUUUGGUCUCAGGUUUAACCACAGAUGCUAUUGGAACUCACUCUGUUUUUGGAGCUUUUGUGUUUGGUUUGGCAAUCCCAACUGGACCCCUUGGUGUAACUCUUGUGGAGAAGCUUGAGGACUUUGUUUCGGGACUUUUGCUCCCUCUUUUCUUUGCUGUUAGUGGGCUGAAAACAAAUAUAGGAGUCAUCAGAGGGUCAUACACCUGGGCCAUUCUUAUUCUAGUCAUUUUUCUUGCCUGCACUGGAAAAAUUGUUGGAACUAUACUCAUUGGAUUCUUUUACGAAAUGCCUCUGAGUGAAGGUGCUGCACUUGGCUUACUCAUGAACACAAAGGGACUAAUUGAGAUGAUUGUACUUAAUGUUGGAAAGGACCAGAAGGUGUUUGAUGACGAAUCAUUUGCAAUCAUGGUGGUGAUAACAGUAAUAAUGACCGCAAUUGUUGUGCCUGCGGUAUCAGUCAUUUACAAACCAUCAAGGAGAAGCAUAUACUACAAAAGAAGGACCAUUCAGGUAUCAAAAUCAGAUGCAGAGUUCAGAGUCCUAGUCUGUGUACACACCCCUAGAAAUGUCCCAACCAUGAUCAACCUCCUUGAAGCCUCGAAUCCAACAAAGAAAUCCCCAAUCUGCGUCUACGUGCUCCAUUUGGUCGAGCUCAGUGGCCGGACAUCCGCCAUGCUCAUUGUCCACAACACAGCAAAAGCAGAACAGCCUGCGCUCCACAAAUCCGAUGCUCAAACAGACCAUGUCAUCACCCCCUUCGAGAACUACGAGCGCCGCGCCAAUUUCGUCUCGAUCCAACCCUUGACAGCAAUCUCGCCUUACUCCAGCAUGCAUGAAGACAUAUGCAAUGUGGCAGAGGACAAACGUGUUUCGUUAAUAAUCAUUCCUUUCCAUAAACAACAAACAGUUGAUGGUGAAAUGGAAGCUACAAACAUGGCAUUUCGAGACAUCAACAAGAAUGUGCUAGCACAUGCACCUUGCUCAGUUGGUGUUCUGGUUGAUAGAGGGUUAAGUGGCGGCUCGAACCUCUUAGCUGCAAAUCAAGUAUCUUACAAUGUAGCUAUAUUGUUCUUUGGAGGACCAGAUGACAGAGAAGCAUUGUGCUAUGGAUGGAGAAUGUUGGAGCAUCAAGGGAUAAGCCUCACCAUAAUGCGAUUUGUUUCGGGGGAAGAAUUGAGUGGUGAGCGUUUGAGGGAACAACAACAGAAACAUAGCAGCAACAAUGAACAAAGUGUGCUGAGCGUGCAAACAGAUAAGGACAUUCAGAAGCAGCUUGAUGAGAGGCUUCUGCAUGAGUUCAGGAUGAGGUGUGAGGAUGAUGAUUCAGUUGAUUAUAUUGAGAAGGUUGUGAACAAUGGGGAGGAGACAGUUGCGGAGAUAAGGACAAUGGACGAACAUGACCUUUUCAUUGUUGGGAGAGGGCAAGCGGUGGUUUCACCACUCACUGCAGGGCUCACUGAUUGGAGUGAGUGUCCUGAGAUUGGAGCAAUUGGAGAUUUGCUAGCUUCAUCUGAUUUUGCAGCAACUGCUUCUGUGUUGGUACUGCAACAAUAUGCUGGGCAAGGGUCAACUGGUGAAGGGAUAGAAACACCACAUGAACAUGAUGAAGAACAUUUUCCUCAAAUUAAUCAAUCUUCAGAGGGACAAUUUAUGUCCAACACAGAACGUGUAUGAUAGCAUGUUUAGAUCAGUUUCUCUCACAACAUAAUUAAUUUUGGAACCCGGAAAUUACUUACAGAAAUUUCUCCCAAGAUUUCGACUUUACGCAUAUUCCCUUGUUGUGCUACUGCCUACUACAACAUACAGAAGAAAUUUUUUUUCUUAACUCUCUUUAGCAUUGGUUUUGGUAUCAUGUAUUCUGGUGUAGUUAUUUUGUACAGUCUUCAUCACUUGUAAGAAAUGUACAUAUAGUUACAUCCAUUUAUGAUUCAUGUAAGCUCAAUUUGAUCAUUUUUUUAUCCUUCAGCGGUCAACAUGAAUUGUACAAAGAUUACGUUUCUGAUAUGCUGUCCGUGUUCCAUAUUCGU